CGCCAAGCCGCCGCCGCAGCAGCCCGCCGCCGCCGCCGUUGCCGCCUGUGGGCCUGAGUGACGGGCCGGGGCGGCACCUGUGCCCCCGGAAGCGUGAUGCCUUGAACCUGGAAACUAUGUGAAGCAACACUCUUUCUGGAUUUCAAAAGACAUCAUUUCAUCAUGGGACAACAGAUUUCAGAUCAGACGCAGUUGGUUCUUAACAAGUUACCAGAAAAAGUAGCAAAACAUGUCACAUUGGUUCGAGAAAGUGGCUCCUUAACUUACGAAGAAUUUCUUGGGAGAGUAGCUGAACUUAAUGAUGUAACCGCUAAAGUGGCUUCUGGCCAGGAAAAACAUCUUCUCUUUGAGGUACAACCUGGGUCUGAUUCCUCUGCCUUUUGGAAAGUGGUUGUACGGGUGGUCUGUACCAAGAUUAACAAAAGCCGUGGCAUUGUAGAAGCAUCACGGAUCAUGAAUUUGUACCAGUUUAUUCAGCUUUAUAAAGAUAUCACAAGUCAAGCAGCAGAAGUGUUGGCACAGAGCUCCACCUCUGAAGACCCUGAUGAAAACUCAUCAUCUGUAACAUCUUGUCAGGCUAGUCUUUGGAUGGGAAGGGUGAAGCAGCUGACUGAUGAGGAGGAGUGUUGUAUCUGCAUGGAUGGUCGAGCUGACCUCAUCCUGCCUUGUACUCACAGCUUUUGUCAGAAGUGCAUUGAUAAAUGGAGUGAUCGACACAGGAAUUGCCCUAUUUGUCGCCUGCAGAUGACUGGAGCAAAUGAAUCUUGGGUGGUGUCAGAUGCGCCCACUGAAGAUGAUAUGGCUAACUAUAUUCUUAACAUGGCUGAUGAGGCAGGCCAGCCCCACAGACCAUGACCUUGAGUGAAGUGUUUUGUUGCUAUUGUGGGCUACAAACACUUGGGUCAUGGGGAAAGAAUGCAGGGAUGUUGCGGCGCAGUCAGCGAGAACUCACUUUUCCCCACCCUCUUAUUUUCGCCUUUCUGACAAUUUGUCCCAUUUCUUUUGAUAAACUUUUCAUGUCUUCCAUUUAUGGUAAAUUAAAAUUUGCUACUGUUCUAGACCAUUAUUUUCCUAUUAUUUAUCUGUUCUAAUAUAGCUUAUUAGAACUAAUUGCUCUUGAAUCCUUUGCUGCAGUAACAGCAACAUUUCCAGAGGCUUCUGAAACACUGCUAAUUUUCAGGGUAGGAGCAUUCUGGAAUAAACCAUAAACCCUGGCCAAAGUGGCUCAGUGGUUAGAGUAUCCCGCGCACCAAAGGGUCUCAGGUUUGAUUCCCAGUCAGGGCACAUACCGAGGUAGCGGGUUUGAUCCUCAGUCAGGGCACAUAUGGGAGGCAACCAGUCGAUGUUUCUCACAUCGAUGUUUAUCUCCCUCCCUUUCUCUCUUGAAUCAAUGAAAAAUGUAUCCUCGCGUGAGGAUUAAAUAAAUAAAUUAAUUAAAUAAACCAUGAAUGUUAAAAAGUUGUAGCCAUCUGAGAGAAAAUUUUAUAUAACUGAAAAUGUAGAAUACGUCUAAGUGCAUGUUACUACUUAAAUUAGUUUUUCUGCUGGAAUCUAAGGAGUAUGUAUGCCCCCUUGUGGUUAAUUAUUGCUCCUUUAAUAAUUAUUACUUGAAAUGAUCCACAGUUAUUUUAUAACUUUAGCUGUGCAUUUGAAACUACAUAUUUUUUACUUAAAAAGCCUUUUUUCCCCCUCAUGCUGUAUAAUUUGGGUGAAGACUAAAAGUUGGGUGUGAUUUUGCCUUGUAAAUGGAUUUCUGCUGGGGAAUCUUCUAGAAAUGCUUUUCCACAGCUGGGGAACUGUUCUAAAUAGCUUUUGAUAAAGCUUAUGUGUCUUGGAGUUUCAGAAGGAAAUUUUUAUCACAGAUUCUAAAUGUUAUAUGUCCAAAUUAUGGCUAAUCAGUCAAUAUUAGUUUAUGGUGCUUUUAUUUUAACUUGAAAGCAUCUUACUGAGGCCAAGUCCUCAGACUUCUUAGAUUAAGAAAGAAAAAAAUAGGAUGAAGCCUUUUAACCAUAAGUACAUAAAACACCUCUGAAAAUUAGGAGAUAAUUUGGUUUUCUUACUGUUCAUUUCACUUCCUUUGAAAUACUUUGAAGGAAUUAUAAUGUUCAUUGGCAUUUCAACCAUUUUUUAAAAUUUUACUUAAAAAGUCAAUUUUUGUUUUAUGUUAAACAUUAUGAUAUCAGCCUAUAAUAAAGUCAGGGCCUGAUGUUUCCUUUUAAAAUAAUGUUAACAUUCCAUGUAACUUUUCUGACUUGUUGGUAAGUUACAAAUAUAUUCUGAAGUACCAAAGUAUACAAUUUAAAUUGCUUCAUAUUGAUGGCAAAAUUUUUGGAUACUAGGAUUUUUUUAAUAAGCAUGCAAAUUAAAAAAUUCAUUUCUAAGCAAAAUGUCUAACUAAAUAUGGCUUGAUUUUUACCCCCAAAAUACUGAUAAUGAACUGGUUGACAUUCAUGAUGGGGGCAGGUCAGUACCAAAUAGCUAAACACUCACUGGAUAUUUAUGCAGAGUGCUGAGGGUUCUAUCACAUCGACCUGGCGAUGCCUUUUAUGGUCAUGAGACCUUGAGAAAGUCCCUUCCUCUGGUUUGUAGGCUCAUACUUUAGAAACUGAGACUUUAUUUGUGGUUUUCACACUUUUAUUUCAGCAGUAGAAUCUUUUUUUUUUUUCAAGUAAAAUCUUACUCAGAGCCUCUAGCUCCAUGUGCUGAAUAUGCACGCAUGCACACAUACACCCUACACCACUUUAUAAAUCAUAUUUUAUUAAUACAAAUUUCUUUAUGUAAAUUUCAUAUACUAUAAUACUAAAUAUUAUCAAUCAAUGAAAAUAUGUAUUAAUGCAUUGGUGAUAUCCAGUGUAUUAGAAUUUGGUGAGUAGCAAAGUUGUAUGAUGGGACUUGUUUUUUAAAUUAAUUUUUUACCAAAAAAAAUUUGUUUUAAAUUAAAUUCAGGUCAAAUUUGCAGAGCCCUGACUCUCCUCCGUGAUCGUUAGUGUUCUAUGGGACAUAUUUUGAAAACGUUGGGAUAGAUGGUCCCCCGAUAUAUUUUUCAGCUCUAAGAUUUUAAAUCCUUUGGAUUAGACUUACUGAGUCCAGUUCAGAUUGCCUAAUUUAAGAAUGUUUCUGAAAAUGAGCAAAGUUGCUUUACAGAUUUCUGCAUCUUUCCCAGGUAUAGCCAGUGAUUUUAUCCCUCAGAAUCCUUCACCUUUCAAGGAAUUAUUUAACAGUGAGAACAGAAACUUGAUAUUGCCCAAACCUUUUUACUUUUCAAUAUGAGCUCCAAGACACUAACUGAUCUACUGUGAAACAAAAUGUUUUUAUUAGCCUUAUCUAAUAAAUGAGCAGUUUUUGCUCACUCCACUAAACUGGGUGAUAAUUCUUUAGAUAUGAAUAUUAGGUAUGUUAUAAUAACUAAUCAUAAAAAGUUGUAAAUGUGUUAAUGGAUGAAAUGUACACUUUUUGUAUUCUGUACAGCUUUGUCUUUUUUAAUUAUGAAGUACUUAAAUGCACUUACUAUGAUAGGAAGUAUAAUGUGUGCCUUUAUUUUAUGUUGUAAAGUUUUCCCUAUCCUAACUCAAUAACAAAGGUUUGACUCAUAUUACAGUGCUAUAGAAUUUUAGUUUAAGAAAAUAGAUUUGACUAUGUACUGAAUUUAGAAGUGGAGAAUAGUAGUAUGUGUUUUAUUCUUAGGGUAAACUGAUAUAUUGUGCAAUAAAUAAUCUUUAACAAGUAAA